AUGCCCACUGGAGAAGGAAAGGAAUUCAACGAACAUAAAUCAUGUCUUGCAGAUCUGUUCAUAACGGAGCCUGAAGAGGAUCUCAAUAAGAUGAGGCGGACAAAGGGACUUCGCACCUCGGGGACCUUUAGCUGGUUCUUGGAAUCGGACGAGCUCAAAUAUUGGUUUCGACCAGCAAAGGCCGUCAGCGAUAUAGAGAAAAAUAUUUUAUGGCUACACGGCAAUCCAGGAAUCGGCAAAUCCACAAUGGCUAUGAUGCUUGCUGAAGAGCUACCAAAGAAGGAUUAUUUUUCCAACAGUGAUAGCAUUCUCUCGUUCUAUUUCUGCGAUUCCGACUCUGAAUACCACAGAACGGCAACCUCGCUACUGCGAGGUGCUCUGUAUCAAAUCAUCCAAAAACAUCCAUCUUUCAUGGAACAAAUAAUGCCAAAAUAUCAAGUCCAGGGAAAGCGUCUUUUCGAGUCUUUUGACGGACUUUGGGGGUUACUGAUGGAUAUCGACCGAGCGUCCAACGGGACUGAGAUGUAUUGCAUUGUUGACGCUCUCGAUGAAUGCGAUCCCGAAUCACAGGAUACAUUCCUCCACCAAAUUAACCAAUCGUUCAAACGAGCGAACGAGACCACUCAAGUCCCAUGCAGGGUACAUUUUUUGAUCAUCAGUCGUCGCUACUCUGAGAUUCAGAGUUUUCUAUCUAUCUUUCGAUGUGUCGAUCUCGGCUCGUGUAAGGAGAUAGCCGCUGACUUACGUGCCAUGAUUCAAGACAAAGUACAGGACCUUGCAAGGCGAAAUGCUUAUCCUGCGUCUGUCAGAGAAAGGGUAUCAAAGAUACUUGAAGAAAGGGCAGAUGGAACAUUUUUAUGGGUGGGAAUUGUCUGUUCGCAAUUGAUUAAGGUACGGUCAAAAGAAGCGGUCGAGAAACUGCGGGCUCAACCUCAAGGACUGUAUCCUUUGUAUCAAUCCCUGCUCAAUGCAGCCUUCAAAGACAACGAUUCACAUAGCGCCUCGCAAUUUAAGAUGUUGUUGAUGUUUGUCUUAUUUGCGUUACGGCGCCUGACGGUGGCUGAGAUAGCCGAAGCAUGUCGAUUGUACUUGGACGAGGAUGUUGAAACUCGCCUCAAGUUCACCCAAGAGAUCAUUGAUUCUUCCCGCUCGCUGGUUUUUACUGAUAAAAUCCACGUGCGACUGCUACAUAGGUCUGUCAAGGACUUUUUAAUGAAAGAGAUGAGUUAUUUCACGGCUGUCAAAUCCAAUUAUAUCAUGUCAUAUCGUUGCAUUGAGCUUGUUUCUCAAUAUUGUCGGCCCGGUCUGGACAGAUCAGCGCUGGAGUCAACUUACGGAUUUCUUGGCUAUUCAGUACUACAUUGGCCGGAGCACGCAAGUUUGGCCAAAACAGAAUUUGCUAUCCAGAAAGAGCAUGAAAACUUCUUCCAAAACGCGCUGGGGACAUGGAGGUGUUGGCUGGAUAAUUAUAACCAUUCGCAAAGAAGCACGUCGGAUGAUCUAGGACUAGACAUAUCCGUCAUUCAAGUCGCAGCCCGAUGGGGAAUUGUUCCACUCAUUUCAACUGCCCACCAAGAGGCAUUGGAGGAUAAAGAUGAACACGGACAAUCGCCACUACUUAUCGCAGCCGAAAACACCCAAAUUGAAGCCUUACGUGUCUUAGCCGAGUCUAACGUGCGUUUUGAUUCUUUGAACAAUAAGCAUCAAAAUGUACUUCACGUGGCAUGCAGUAAUGGUCGCUUCAAUGACUGUGCAAUGAUAAAGUACUUAAUCGACAAGGGUGCCUCCCCAUACAUCUGCGAUGAGGAGAACAUGACACCCUUCCUCUACGCGAUUGGAGAUCGACGUACAGAGUUGGCUCGAACAUUUCUCAAUCAUGGUUUCAAUCUAGAAUUCAGGGCUCACAGGCGGGAAUGGCCUGGACAAAUAACAUUGGGUAGUUUUUACGGAAUCGUUGAGCGGCAGGACGAGAACAUAGAAUCCGGACUAACAGCCCUCCACUUCGCGGCCUUGAACGCACUUACAGAGAUGGCCAAUCUCUUGCUUCAAUGUGGGGCCAACCCCAAUGCCCGUUCUGAUUUUGGCGAUACUGCGCUACAUCUCGCGAUUAGGCGCCGGCUGCUCGGCCGCAAAAAUGACGAUGCAUGGGAGGUUGGUCAAUAUGCCGUUGAGUCAUUGACUGACUUGAUCGACGAUCAUGAAGGCUCAGAAGCUUCUGAUAUCUAUCAAACCAUCAGCGAUACUAGGUUACUUAUUGUUGAGACGCUCCUGAAGAGCGAGUCUAUCAAUGUCAAAAUAGCUAACAAUCAUGGGGAUUACCCUCAACAUGUGAUCGACUUUCAUCGUCCUCAGGCAUUGUCUAUCUUAAAAAAGCUUAUGGAAAAAGGAGCCGAUGCAUCACAACCGAACCGAGCUCGCCAGACAUGUCUUCACCUCGCUAGUAAGGCGGGAAACAUUGAAGUAAUUCGCAAACUCGUGGAAGAAGGUAAUGAUAUCAUGCUGGAGGACUCCGACGGGCGGAGCCCAUUCAAUUAUGCAGUCUCCAGUGGCUCUUUGGAUACUAUAGCCUUCUUGUCGAAGGCCUGCGAUCGUGUGCUUUCAGUGGUUUGGAAAUCCCUUGACCACUUUGGCAGAAGUCCGCUACAUCAUCAUGUUGCGUCUGUUUUUUGCUCUGUUCAAGUUGUGAGUUUCCUUGUACAGCUUGGUUGCGAUGUCAAUCUGCCCGACGGGGCCGGGAACACGAUCUUAGGUCUCUAUAUGAACUCAUUUCACCUAUCAAUUGAGAGUGAGAUAUUUCAUUUGCUUAUUCAGGAAGGUUCUGAUCCACUCUGCAUCGAUGAAUACGGACAAACGUUGGCACAUCUCAUCAUGCAUCAUAAGGGAGCAGAUACCACGAUCCUUGAUUAUUUAUUUGCUGUGGGUGUGGAUCCAGCGACAAGAGAUAUUGAUGGGAAAACACUGAUGCAUCACGGAGCGAUUCAUGGUGUUUUCACUGAGGAUCUGAUGGAUUUCCUUGCUUGCAAAGGCGUCUUGGACGUUUGUGCCACGGCCACAGACCUAGUCUACAAGACCCCGCUCGAUUAUGCGGAAGAGCUGGCUGAUCAGGAAUCAUCAAGAGAGAUGUACUAUGAUGGAAGAUGGGAAGAGUCGUUGAAGAGUCUGAAUGCAACACUUCUAUCGCGCCCCGCAGGAGCUUUGACAUGA